ACUGUUUUCAAUUGUCCCCGCCACCCUCGCGCUCUUUAGGCUCUGCUAUGACAGGUAUCACGUGACAGCCCGGGCUCGCCGUAUGAAUCAAAUCAUGGCGGCUGCCAUGGAGCUAAGAUGCUGGGGAGGAGACUGGGGUCUGCCCUCUGUUCACACCGAGUCCCUCAUAAUUCUGGCUUAUGCCAAGUUUUCCGGGGCAAACAUUACAGUCUCUCCAGUUGACUGGACAUGGAAAACUAUUACAGCAAGUGUCCCAGAGCUGCUUUGUGGGGAUUCUGCAGUCCAGCAACCAACACAGAUUCUCAACUUCAUGAGGAAGCAGAGGUUUAAUGCAGACUAUGAGUUGACAGCCAGACAAGGAGCUGACACGAUGGCCUACAUCGCUCUGCUGGAGGAGAAACUUCGACCGGCUCUGCUGCACACGUUCUGGGUGGAUGCAGAGAACUACAUCAAUCUGACGCGGCCAUGGUUCGCUUCACGCUCCCCGUUCCCCCUCAACUUCAUUGUCCCAAGUCGCCAUGCCAACAUUGCUCUCUCCCGCAUCCUUUUAACCAAGGGAGAGGCGCCAUUACAUAGAAUUUCUGAAGUAGAAGGAAGGAUCUACAGUGAUGCUAAAGAGUGCCUGAAUCUCCUCUCCUACAGACUGGGAACUGCAGACUACUUCUUUGGCAACUUGCCAACCAGUCUGGAUGCCUUUGUGUUUGGCUUUGUGGCCCCUCUGUACAAAGCCAGUCUGCCCAGCGGCUCUCUGCAGAGCCACCUCAGACUGCUUGAUAACCUCACGCGCUUCUGCGACAACAUUCUGCAAGUCUACUUUAAUUCGGAUCACUUGUGUCCUCCCCCACCUGUUCAGGACACAAUGGAUGCGAACCUCCAGAAACUAACACAGCUUGUAAACAAAGAGUCCAACUUGAUAGAAAAGAUGGAUGACAACCUCCGCAGCAGCCCACAGCACAAACCCCACAGGCUGGAGCCCAAACCCAGUCCGUCCAGUGCAAAGAGAUCUACCCCCGCCUAACGACCAAUAAACUCACAAACCGCCUUAUGAAUCAAUCAUGAACGCUUGCUCUCAAAAUCUGACUCAACAUCCUGGGAAAAAAAUGAAGCUGGUAAUACUGGACAAUGACUUGAAUGGAAAAUAACUUAAUUAUUAAUGGGAAUGUGACUAUAUAAUUACACAAGACUAUUUUAUGACAAUGAUGAUAUAUUUCUAAGAAGUACGGAAGGGAAGUAAAAGCGCAUGUGUAAUGCAUUUAUAAAAGAGGAGUGCAUGUAUGUGGCCACGAAUGGAAUGCUGUGAAGUGGUCCUAUAUGAGACAGACACAGAAAGUUCAAAGGGACGACGAAGGAAAUGAGGAGUCCAGCAGGGAACAUAAGUGCUACAGUUUAACCUCGGAAUAGGCUACUAGGGUUUUUUUUUCUUCUUAAAACGUCAUUUAGUGAACGUUUUAAUUGUUUUGUUUCAUGAAAGGUAUAUAUAUUUUCUGUUUGAGCUGUUUUCAUGAGGUGUCACUCUGCAGCUGAUUAAGAAUUGCAUAAAUACUGUGUUGACGAGACCGCAGUGUCACAUGGCAAAAUGUACUCCUUAAGUCCACAGUUGUGUUUCUAACAAUUGAGUAUCUAAUGGUUUUAAGAUUUAGCACUUACUCUUUUUUCCAGUCCAAGUUAUUUCAAAUAUAUGCAGUCAGGCCCCGUGUAGUGUCCAGUUUAAAUCUGUUUUUGCUUUCAACUCCACCGUUGUGUAUAAAUUGUAAAGUUGUAAAUAAUGUUAUCUAUUUAAAUUCCUUGUGAUGUCCUCUGAAUACAGCAGAUGAGCUAACUCAAAAUCAAACACUGAGUUGAAGGAUGGAUCAUACGUCAUGUAUUAAGUUGCCCAUGCACAGUAUUUGGGACUAAUUUAUGUGUGUGAGUGUGUGUGUGUGAGAGAGUGAGUGGGUUGUCCUAAGGACUAUCAGAAACCAGUGACUUUUGAUUGUCAAUUGUGGCAUUUGUAACAGUCUAAUCACUUUCGUCGUUGCCUUUAUAUAUUUUUUUCCACAACCACUUUUGCACAUCAUUUGUUUCUUUUGGAGUCCCCUGUUGUGUUUUGUAUUAUUUGCUGUGCCUGUUCAUUUGUGACUUUCAAAACCUGUCUUUUGGUUCUUCUUCCAGUCUGAUUAAUGAAACUCUCCCAUGUGUCCUCAUAGCUCACAGCGCCUCAGUGAGCUUCAUCAAUUCCUCGUGAUUCUUUUCACAAUUUUCCUUCCUCAGAUCAAAUGUAUUUUGACUCUCAAACUCAUUUAAUGGAAACAUUCCCUUUAAAGCACCAUCUUUUGAAAAUGUGUUCAUAUGGAUACAUGUGCAGCUUGUUGUUAACAAAUGGGUGCAGUGUGCCUUUGUGACUGCUGGUGUCUUUUAACACGUGUCAUAUGCUAACUUUAUCCUUCAGAGCUUUGAUAACUGUCAUACAUUUCCUUUAUCUCUUUUGCUCAUAAUUGUUGACUAUUGGUAAAAACUGUUUUAACAUUGUUCAAAGGCAAAUGUCAUAAUAAAAGAGAUGGCUAACCGUCAUUUUCCUCAGCAUUUUUUCCCC